UUUCGAGAAAAUCAAACAUUUUAUCCGGUUAGCUUCCAAACUUAAACUCAGUUUCAGAAAUCCUAAUUUGAUUAUAACAAAUCAAGCUCGAGGCAAAAAUUACCCUCCUCUCUUUUAAGAUCUGAUCCUGCGGCAAAAGUUCGAUAAAAAUUCAAAUUAACUUCGAAAUGGAUCUCGAAUGCGAGGAUGCCGAAAUGUUUGAUUGCUCAUCUGAUGAAAAAGACACUUCAAUUGAAAAAAUUGAAUUUCCCGAUGUCAAAAGUAGCAGACCAAAUAAACCGGUGGUUGAGCGAGUUGCAAAUUCAAACCAAUCUAACCAAAUAAAUAAGCCAGCAUCUAAACUAGCAUCGGCGGCCAAACCACCCUAUAGUUAUAUAGCACUAAUUGCCAUGGCUAUUUUGAACUCUCCUGAACAACGUUUGACAUUGAGUGGAAUCUGCGACUUCAUCAACAAAAGAUUCAAGUACUAUCGAGAUCGAUUCCCGUCUUGGCAGAAUUCUAUUCGUCACAACUUAUCUUUGAAUGAUUGUUUUGUUAAAAUUGCACGAGAACCGGAGAAUCCUGGAAAAGGGAACUACUGGAGUUUGGACCCAAAUAGCAAAGACAUGUUUGACAACGGAUCCUAUCUUCGAAGGCGAAAGCGAUUCAAAAGACUGAGCAAAACUUCACUGGAGUUUAAUCACAGUCAACCCUUUCACAAUGCCUUCCUUCAUAUGAACCAACUUAACCCAUAUAAUGGGUGCAAUCAAGUAGUUCUCUCAAAUCAAUAUCUUCAGAAUUUUAAUCAGGGGAAUGGGUUUCCGACGCCUGGUGAUUUUGGAUUCCAAGGAAGAGUUCCAGCAUUUGACAGGAAUGUGAUCCCAAACUUAUUCCUGAAACCGGAGUUUCAAAAAGCACCGCAGAUAUUUGACCGUCUCUCAACACAUGACGUUUUCGAUCUUCUUCCAAAAAUGACGCAGCAUUUCACAAACUUUUCUCCUAUUUGUGAUUUGAGUUCGAUAUUUUCUCAUCAAACUGGUUGCUCUUCAGGACAUCUGGAAACUUCCAAACAUGGUCAACCUUCUGUUGUCUCUUCAAAAAGUUCAGCUCAAACUUCGGAUCAGUCGCGACGAUGCAAAACAAAUGUUUUGAAGAAGGAACAAAACUCAUUUUCUAUAGAUACAUUAUUAAAAAGCUGAGCCUAUUUUUG